UGAGCGCAGCGUCCCCGGGCGAGCGUCGAGCGAGGCCGCAGCCAUGGAGCCCGCGCAGCAGCCGCCGCCCCAGCCGGCCCCGCCGGGGCCCGCGCCGCCCUCCGCGCCCGCGCCUCCGCCAGGGACCCCCGCGGCCCCGCCCGCGCCCCCGGCCGGCCACCAGGUCGUGCACGUCCGCGGGGACUCGGAGACCGACCUGGAGGCGCUCUUCAACGCCGUCAUGAACCCCAAGACGGCCAACGUGCCGCAGACCGUGCCCAUGCGGCUGCGCAAGCUGCCCGACUCCUUCUUCAAGCCGCCCGAGCCCAAGUCCCACUCGCGACAGGCCAGUACCGAUGCGGGCACUGCAGGAGGUCUGACUCCACAGCACGUCCGUGCUCACUCCUCCCCAGCUUCCCUGCAGCUGGGGGCCGUUUCUCCUGGGACUCUAACCCCCACUGUGGUCUCUGGUCCAGCCGCUACCCCUGCAGCACAGCAUCUCCGGCAGUCUUCCUUUGAGAUCCCUGACGAUGUACCGCUGCCCGCAGGCUGGGAGAUGGCCAAGACAUCGUCUGGUCAGAGAUACUUCUUAAAUCACAUCGACCAGACAACAACAUGGCAGGAUCCCAGGAAGGCCAUGCUCUCCCAGCUGAACGUGCCUACGCCUGCCGGCACAGCGGUGCCCCAGACCCUGAUGAACUCCGCCUCAGGACCUCUUCCUGAUGGAUGGGAGCAAGCCAUGACUCAGGAUGGAGAUGUUUACUACAUAAACCAUAAGAACAAGACCACGUCCUGGCUGGACCCACGGCUCAAUCCUCGUUUUGCCAUGAACCAGAGAAUCACACAGAGUGCUCCAGUGAAGCAGCCGCCACCCUUGGCUCCCCAGAGCCCACAGGGAGGCGUCCUGGGUGGCGGCAACUCCAGCCAGCAGCAGCAGAUGCAACUGCAGCAGCUGCAGAUGGAGAAGGAGAGACUGCGGUUGAAACAGCAAGAGUUGCUGCGGCAGGUGAGGCCACAGGCAAUACGGAAUAUCAAUCCCAGCACAGCAAAUGCUCCAAAAUGUCAGGAAUUAGCUCUCCGAAGCCAGCUGCCCACACUGGAGCAGGACGGAGGAACUCAGAAUGCCGUGUCUUCUCCCGGGAUGUCUCAGGAACUGAGAACAAUGACAACCAAUAGUUCAGACCCCUUUCUCAACAGUGGCACCUAUCACUCUAGAGAUGAGAGCACAGACAGUGGCCUCAGCAUGAGUAGCUACAGUGUCCCUCGGACCCCGGAUGACUUCCUGAACAGUGUUGAUGAAAUGGAUACAGGUGACACUAUCAACCAAAGCACCCUGCCGUCACAGCAGAGUCGUUUCCCAGACUACCUUGAAGCCAUCCCUGGGACGAAUGUGGACCUUGGGACACUGGAAGGAGAUGGGAUGAACAUAGAAGGGGAGGAGCUCAUGCCCAGCCUACAGGAAGCACUGAGUUCCGACAUCCUCAAUGACAUGGAGUCUGUGCUGGCUGCCACCAAGCUAGAUAAAGAAAGCUUUCUCACAUGGUUAUAGAGCUGCCAGGAAGCCACUCCGAGUCUGGGAAGGAUCCACGGAGCCUAAGAUGUGCAUCCCUGAAAUUGAGAUAAGCCGGUGCUCGAGUCUCUGGCUAACACAGGAAACAAAUGAACAAAUGUCCAGCAGGGAUCUUCCAUCCACUGUUCUGCUCUCUGCCCAUUGCUGCUGUUAAUGUUGCUGACCUGUUCACAGCCCGCCCUGAAGAAUCAGAACCACACAAAACAAAACCCCUUUGGUUUCUUUUGCUCUAAUAACUACUGUUCUCUAGGGUUGCUGGGGGAUAUCCUGUUUAGGUGAUGGAUGUUCUUCCUUUUGCCCAGUGGUGUCUUCACACAUCACUUUAACUGAACACUCAGACUGGGAACUGAAAUGCUUCGUGUGAGAGCAUUUGUCAAGAGGUGAUUUCUUCUGCUGCCUUUGGCCCUCUGGUCCAGCAAGCCAAAAACAUGGACGGCAUCUGAUGUCAAGUACUCAGUGCCGAUGGGGAGAUCUCGGAAGAUUGGUGGACUUUUUAUUUCUUCGUUAGUGACACCAUUAGUCACAUGAUGACCUGGAUUUUAUUUUAGAGGCUUAUAAGGCAUGAGACAGUUUCCAUAGAAAUAUUUUAAUUAUUGCCACGUACUCUAGGCUAGGUUUGAGUGGGUAUUUUUGUGGGUGCCGUUGGUCUUCCUUCUUUCCUUUUUUUCAUCCUUUCUUUCUUAGGUGAUUGGUUUUGUUGGAAUGUAGGCAAAUUAGUAAAGUUGUUUAUGGCUAUAGCUUGGGUGGGUAAUACUAUUCUUUGGGGGGGGCAGGAAAUCUGUAUUUCCUGGUUUUUUUCCAUCUUAUUUAAAUCUUGGUUCUCUCAUUUCUACGUAUGUACACACACUUAUAAUGUCUAUGGUAGUCUGAUAGCAGAAUGUAUCUUUUUAAAGGUUUCCCUCCUUUCCAUUUUAUUUUUAAAUGGCAGCCUUGAGCAUACGCAUUUAGAAUACAUGACUAGUAGUUUGUUUCACAAAUAGUUUAAAUUCUUGUCGGCAACCUGUAGGUGUUCAAGGUAGGGCAGUGUUCUAGAAAGGGCUCUUGUGGUGAAGCCUAGAGGAGCUCUCUUGCCCUCUGUAGACUUUGGUGACUGGGAUCGAGGCAAACAAGCGGCCUCACUCCCCUGGGCCAGUUCGCAUUGGGCAGUCCCUGAGCAGGAGUGAGCUUUCGGGGCAGGGCCUGCCUUUGCCUUCGCCUCGGUUUUGGAUGUGAACUCAGGUACUUCAGUUGUCAUUUGUCAUGAUCACAGUGAAGGGCAGAUUGGGUGUCACCUACAAGGUCAUUCUUACAAGGCCUGCUCACACCUUUCUGCUGAAUGGACUCUGGGGGGUGGGGGGAGUGUGUAGAAGGCUGUGAGGUCAUGGGUUGGCUGGUAAAGUGAUCAGACUAGUAAAUGUGUGGGGGUAGUUGAACUUAGCAAAGAGCUAGAGAUGAGUAUGCCUUUAUCUUUACAAGAGAGAUUCCUAGAGUAUGUGUCUUCAGGAGUAAUGAUGGCUUCCAAAGAGUAUUUUUUAAAGGAACAAAGUAAGCAUGAAUUAACUUUUUCAGUAUAAGCUAUGACGUGUAAUAGUUGGUUAUGAAUUGUAGUGGCACCAGCUAGCACCUCUGUCAUUUAAGGGUCUUUGAAUGCUUUUAGAAGAAUCCCUUAUUUUCAAGGGUUUUUAAUGAGCAAACAAACAAACAAGAAAAAAAAAAAAAAAAAGACCAUUCUUUCCCAGGCUAAAGCUGCUGUGGAAAGCCUCAGCUUAGGAAGGUGGGAAUCUGUUGGCGCUUUGAUUUAGUGUAGCACAGGGGUGGAAGUAGUGAAGUUUUAUUCAUAUUCAGUACUUUGAGUGCUCAGAAAAUGCAAUCAGUGUGUCCUACAUGAUGUUUCGUAGUCAGAACCAGUGUGUUAUGCAUGAUUCAUAGUCACUCUUAGCCAUCGACCCUAAGGCUUUUACUAAGAAACUGGCUGAAGAUUCACCCUUGAAUUAGGUCUGGGGAAAUGGCCACCAGGAGGAUUUACUUUAGAACAAACAUGAAAUUCUGUUCUAAUUCAGUAGUGUGUGCUGAGUGUGCACCGGUGAAGGCCUACAAUUUGCCAGGGAGCCGCAGAGUAAGACUGCAUCCUCAGUAUGUCCAGACUGGCGCUGGUGUGCUGGAGGGUGGGAAGGUGGGCCGCUGAGGCUGGCUUUUAUGAACUUCUUUCUCAGCAGUAAAGACUUAGCUCACGUCUUGCUAUCAGUAAAGAAGUUGUUCUUAAACUUUGAGUUGCUUAAGCUCGCCCACGAAGUGGGGUGUGCCAUCUUCUUUCCCUGGAGAUCAUCUGCCUGGUAAUACCUCAGUGUCCAGCAGCCCUCGGUGCCUGACAGCUCUCUGGCCAUACCACACCCAUUGUGCUGACUGCGGGGACCUGAGCACCCUUCCCCUACCGGAAUCACGGCCUCGAUGUCGCCUUUCUUGUUGUGUCCUUGCUGAUGUAAAAGUGUUUAAUGCUUCCUGGCUGUAGUGGGUAGCACGCGGAUAAGAAUUUAACUGGUUAUUCUUGAAUUUCUUUUACAAUAAACCAAUUUUUAUAAUCUUGAAAUGUA